AAACAAGAUAAUACAUUUCGCCAUUGGUGUCCUUCAAAGCUAAAAUAACACUAAAUUAUAUCUAUAUCUAUAUCUAUAUAAAACUGUAAUAAAAAUGGUUGGGGUUACAACCAACAGCUGUACCAUCCCUCCUUUCAAACAACCCAUUUCUUCUUCUUCUUCUUUCCAAUCAAAAAUCUUUCAUUUCCAACUUAACUUUCCAACUUCCUCAACCACCUCCCGGAGCUGCCGUAUUACUUGCCGGUACGGCGGCGGCGGCGGCGGAAGUUAUAACCGUCAAGGUGAUAAUAGACGGUCCAAACAAGAUGAUGAUCCAGCUCUUGAUAUUUCCAGUAUCAGGUCAAGUACUGUGAGGCUUAUUGAUGAGGAACAAAACAUGGUUGGUAUAGUGUCUAAAACUGCUGCUCUUCAGAUGGCAGAAGAUGCCGAACUUGACCUGGUUAUAUUGUCUCCAGAGGCAGAACCCCCCGUUGUGAAGCUGAUGGAUUACAACAAGUAUAAGUAUGAGCAACAAAAGAAGAAAAGAGAUCAGCAGAAGAAAAGUUCCGCUCAUCGCGUGGAUCAAAAGGAGCUAAAAAUGGGUUACAACAUUGAUGUACAUGAUUAUACCGUUCGUUUAAAAGCAGCUCAGAAGUUUCUAAAGGAUGGUGACAAGGUUAAACUUAUAGUAAGUUUAAAGGGACGUGAAAAUGAGUUCAAAAAUAAUGCUAUUGAGCUCAUUCGACGUUUCCGUGACGACGUAGGAGAGCUAGCCGUUGAAGAAAGCAAGAACUUCAGAGACAGGAACAUGACGUUGGUAUUGGUUCCAAACAAAGCUGUUACCCAAAAAGAAGCACCAAAGAAGAAAGAGAAGUCGACAGGGACUGAGGUAUCAGCAAGUGUAUGAGCAUAACCAUGACCAAUGCCUGGUAAACUCAUGAUCACAAUUUCGAGGAGGAACAGUAAGUUUUGUUCCUCAGAAUUAAACAAAUUUUCAAAGUCAUGUAUAGUUCUAGUGUCCUAAACGUGUAUGCAAAUCUGUUUUGUUCGUCUUAGUAGUAGUAUAACUCUUGUAUGUUAUGGCUGGUUUAGAACAAAUAGAUAGCCCAUAUUCUAGAUAA